AUGUGGCCUCGACGGGUCUAUCCCCGCAAGAAGAGGGCUGGUGAGAGGCUCAACCUCACCCCGAAGCCGGACCUAGCCCUCCCGGGGAAGACAGAGGCGCCGCCGCCAGGUCUGAAGGGAUUGCGGAAGAUUGCUGAGAAAGAGGAAUUGAACAGGCCCAGAGGCAGCAGCUCACAGCUGCCGAGUCAGUUAAGUGUUACAGGAGAGGAAAGCCUGCAAGAAAAUGAUAGCCCUGGCAAAGAGACCCCAGAUGAGAAGAAAGCUCUGUUGAGUUCAGUGACUCAUGACUUCGAGAUUGACAGCUGUUCAUCCGGCAGUGAACUCGUUUCAGGUCUGACUUCGGAGCAUGAUGUUUCCAGUUGGCCCCUGAGUUGUUCAGACACAGACUCGUAUACAAGGACGACUGAAGAGAGUAGAAGUAGCUUCUCAUCACCUGAGCUGUUCAGAGGCUCAGACUGUUUGGAUUGGGAGCAUCCCAAGUUGGAAGAGUACAAGUCUCUCAAGAAUUCCACUCUUCUAGACACCAGUAAAGCAGUAACUAUAGAGAAGGCACCACAGCUUGCAAACCUCUCAGCAAUUUUGAGUUCCUCUUCAGAAGACUAUGAGAAAUGCCAUAGAAACAUAGGGAUGACAUUAGAAGCCCCACAUAUCUCUCCAGUACCACAGUAUACUUCAAAUGUAGCAUCAGUUGUAGAAAAUGAAGCUUCUGAGGUUAUAUUUGCUGGGAAAACUGGCCCUCCAACCACCAAAAAAACAAAGAAAAAACCUGAAAAGGAAUCUGAAGAUAGAGGUCCACAAGUUCAAACAAAGUUAAGCUCUGGUCAUCUAGACAGCAAGGCUCCAUUCUCCCAUCAUAGCUUACCUCUUGAAAUCGUUGCCAUGAAGGAUGCUCUUCUGCCUCAAACCCUAGAAACUGUGUUGAAAAAAAGUUCUACUCCUCCUGAUAAACAAAGCAAAGCCCUGUUAACAAGUACACCAUCUUCAGACACAGCUGACUUUGUGAUUGAUUUGUCUCCAGUGCAAAAUGUAUCUUUUGAAGAACUAUUCCCAAAUGUCAGCAAUUAUGUUAACUCAAGUGAAAUUGUUCCUGUGUCAAGUUGGCAAGAAAGUUCUUCAAAUGAGUUUCCUUCAUAUGCAUCAGAGCUCUGUUGUAUUAUUAAGGCAUCACCAGGAACUAGACAGAUUAGAAGUAAACAUGCCACUGUAAACAAAAACUGUUCUCCUCCUAAAGAUGUUCCUCCAGAUAUUAUAAUGAAGACGAAUGGCAGAACAUAA